GGAAACAGGUUUGAAAAUGAUAUUGUGGUUUUUCCGAUAAGAGCAUUUAUAAAUGGCUAUGACAAUGACAGCGCCGGACUCAAAAUCAUUGAUACUUAGCUCUCCCUUCCCAACAAAUGAAACCAAACGCUUACUAUCACCAUAGUUUAGUUCAUCCUUCACAUCGCACUUCGCUAACUUUGUUGAAGCUGAAAGGUAAGGAUCAUCCGAGUUUCGAGAUCUUCAACAAUGGGGAAAAAGCGUGCGAUGACGCCGGCGGAGGAUGUUGACUUGUCCUCCAUCAAGUACGAACGAGAGGUUGUGCAAGCUCCACAUUUGACUGGAUUUGUAUUUAGAUUCUUUGUGAGGAUACUCGAAGCUCCGCUGAUAGGCCCUAUCAUAAUAAAUUAUUUGAAGAAACAAAAUAAAAUUAACCAGUUAUUGCAGUACACUGUGAUACCCGAGGAACCCAUGUUCAAACCUGAAUAUCCACCUCAAGAAAUGGAGCCCGAUGUUGUUGUCCUUGAGGAAGAUGGGAUACCCGAAGAUAGAGUUGAGUCUGCUUUGAAGUGUCUUCCACGUUAUGAUGUGGCUGAAUUAUGGGAAAAUUCAUCUGCAUCCUUUCGGUACUGGAAAAUACGUGACUAUGCUUAUGCUUAUCGGUCUAGAGAAGUAACCCCAUCAUUGGUUGCUGAGCACAUCAUCUCAGUUAUAGAGGAGAAUGCAAAAAAUAAGCCUCCUGCACCACUAUUGAUAUCCUUUGAUGCUGCAGAAGUCCGGAAGCAGGCAGCAGCAUCUACUCAGAGGUUUGAAGCAGGAAAUCCAUUAUCGGUAUUGGAUGGAAUUUUCAUGGCCAUCAAAGAUGACAUAGAUUGUUAUCCUCAUCCAUCUAACGGUGCAACUACAUGGAUGCACGAGGUACGCACUGUAAAGAAGGAUGCAGUCUGUGUUUCAAGAUUGCGUAGCUGUGGUGUCAUAUUCAUAGGAAAGGCAAAUAUGCAUGAGUUAGGCAUGGGUACAACAGGAAAUAAUUCUAAUUACGGAACUACAAGAAAUCCUCAUGCCCCUGAUAGGUAUACUGGUGGAUCUUCUUCCGGUCCAGCUGCAAUUGUUGCUUCUGGAAUAUGUUCUGCUGCAUUGGGAACUGAUGGUGGAGGUUCAAUCCGUAUUCCUUCUUCCCUUUGUGGUGUGGUGGGAUUGAAAACAACUUAUGGUCGGACAAGCAUGGAGGGGUCAUUAUGUGAUUCUGGGACUGUGGAAAUUAUUGGACCCAUUGCUUCAACGGUGGAGGAUGUCAUGCUAGUGUAUGCAGCAAUGUUGGGUACAUCACCUGCAAGUAAAAUCAGUUUGAGACCGUCACCACCUUGUUUGCCAACUCUGUCAUCCAACGAGGAUUCAAAUGUCUUGGGAUCUUUAAGAAUAGGAAAGUAUACCCCGUGGUUUAAUGAUGUGCAUUCAACUGAAGUAUCCGAUAAAUGUGAAGAUGCUCUUAAUCUGCUGUCAAAGGCAUAUGGUUGUGAAAUGAUAGAAAUUGUUAUACCAGAGCUUAUUGAGAUGCGAACGGCCCAUGUUGUUUCCAUUGGCUCUGAAUGCAUGUGUUCACUGAAUCCUGAUUGUGAAGACGGGAAAGGUGUAAAAUUGACAUAUGAUACUCGUACAAGUUUGGCACUUUUCCGGUCAUUUACAGCAGCAGAUUAUGUUGCAGCCCAAUGUAUUAGACGGAGGAAUAUGUAUUACCACAUGGAGAUUUUCAAGAAAGUGGAUGUCAUAGUAACUCCAACAACUGGCAUGACAGCACCCAAAAUUCCUCCUAGUGCUCUUAAAAGUGGUGAAACAGAUAUGCAGACUACAGCUAACCUUAUGCAGUUCGUUGUUCCAGCAAAUCUUCUGGGAUUCCCUGCCAUUUCUGUCCCGGUCGGCUACGAUAAAGAAGGACUUCCAAUAGGUUUGCAGAUAAUGGGUCGACCAUGGGCGGAAGCUACUAUUCUGCGUAUAGCCUCUGCAGUGGAGAAACUCUGCGGUGAGUCGAAGAAAAGGCCCGCGUCAUACUAUGACGUUCUGAAGGCUAAAUGAAGCUCAGAUGUUUUGGCUGGUUACGGUUUAUAAAUGACCGGAGACUUGCUGGUUAUUAUUUGGUAAUCGCUAUCCAUUUAGAAAAUGCUCUGGAUGCUUUCAUCCUCGGGCUAUCUUAUUUCUCCAAAGGAUUUAUAAUUUGACAAGUUCUUAGGAAAUAAUUUCUGCACACAUGUUUAGAUAAUAACGGGUGAAGGUAACGUGCAGAUUGUCAAGAUGUAGAAGAAUAUCUGUGCAAGAAAUAGAAUGUUCAGCAUUGCUCUUAAAGAUUAUAAUUCUUUGUUAUCGGAUUUGUAUUUCAUAUUUACCACAUUGUUGUUCGUUAAGUGAUAUACUGAGCAAUUAUAUAUUCCGUGUUUAAAUUUAACCUAGGGUCAGUCUUUAUGACCAUAAAUAAA